AUGUUGCUGCUGCUGCUCGCGGCGCCAGCGCUAUCCGCCACACGGCCGCUAUCGCGUCCGCGCCUCGCCGCGCCCGCUGCUGCACCUUCGCCGCUGCUCGCCUCAGCCCGACGGCACCGGCACGCGCCACCGAGGGCGAGUUUGGUGCUUCCGGCGGUGAGUGGACCGCUGCUCGCCGCUGGCAUCGGCGGCACUUUUGCCGGCUCGCUGCACGCGGUGACGGGCCCGGACCACCUCGCCGCGCUGCUGCCCCUCUCGAUAGGGCGGCGGUGGUGGACUGCGCUAUACACGGGCCUUUACUGGGGGCUCGGGCACGGGAUUGGCGCCGGGCUGGUGGGGCUGCUCGCCUUCCUGGUGCGCGGCGCGCUCAACCUCGACGCGAUCUGUGUCUACAUGGAGGCGGCCGUCGGCAUCUCGAUCCUCAUCAUCGGCGUCAACGGCGCGCGCGAGUGGAGCAGCGACGUGCAGGCGGCGCGUGCUCUCGCCGAAGACGAGCGCGCGGCGGGCGACGCGGCGGGAAGCGCAAUCGACGGCUCGGUCGCCGCCGCAGUGGCUCCGCUCGGCGCACCGGGCGAGGACGAUCCGGCUGCGGCGCUGCUUCCGUCGGGGGGAGGCCCGUCGGAGCGGCAGUCGGUCGCCUCGACGCUGCUCACCGGCAUCCUGCACGGCUGCUCCGGCUCGGGCCACCUCCUCGGCGUGAUGCCUGCCCUUGCGAUGCCGUCCGUCGUCUGCGCACUCACGUACCUCUCCUCGUUCGGCGUGGGGACGAUGCUGGCGAUGUCCUCCUUCACCGCGGUGGUGGGGGAGCUGUCGGUGCAGAUGGGGGAGCGGAUGCACCAGCCGGACGUCCCCGCCAAGCUCUCGCUCGCCACGUCCCUCUUCGCGUGCGCCAUGGGCGUCGGCUGGACCGUCAAGGCGCUGCUCGAGCUUGGGGUGGGGCGGUGGCUGCUCGCCUCGGCGCGCAGGUUGAUCGCCGCCUGA